GCCGCGUCAGGCUACGUUUACCUCCGAGCUCCUCGCAGCUCGAAGCGCCGCAAAGUUUUGACGUUUUGGCGGCGGAGACGCGCGCUGGCUCUCUCCCCCGCCGCGUCCUCCCGCGCUCGCCCUCCCGGAGGCUGCAGCCAUGUCUCGGGGGCCGGAGGAGGUGAACCGGCUCACGGAGAACACGUACCGCAAUGUUAUGGAACAAUUCAAUCCUGGCCUACGAAACUUAAUAAACCUAGGAAAAAAUUAUGAAAAAGCGGUGAAUGCUAUGAUUCUAGCAGGAAAAGCCUACUACGAUGGAGUGGCCAAGAUUGGAGAGAUUGCCACUGGGUCUCCUGUGUCAACAGAGCUGGGCCGUGUCCUCAUAGAGAUUUCCAUCACCCAUAAGAAACUCAAUGAAACUCUCGAUGAAAAUUUCAAAAAAUUCCAUAAGGAGAUUAUCCAUGAACUGGAGAAGAAGACAGAACUUGACGUAAAGUAUAUGAAUGCCACUCUAAAAAGAUACCAAGCAGAACACAGGAAUAAAUUAGAUUCUUUGGAGAAAUCUCAGGCGGAGUUGAAGAAGAUCAGAAGAAAAAGUCAAGGAGGCCGAAAUGCACUCAAAUAUGAGCACAAAGAAAUUGAGUAUGUGGAGACUGUUACUUCUCGCCAGAGUGAAAUCCAGAAGUUCAUUGCAGAUGGCUGCAAAGAAGCCCUGCUUGAGGAAAAAAGGCGCUUCUGCUUUCUGGUGGACAAGCACUGUAGCUUUGCCAAUCACAUACACUACUAUCACCUUCAGUCUGCAGAAUUACUUAAUUCCAAGCUGCCCCGGUGGCAGGAAACCUGUUGUGAUGCCACAAAAGUACCAGAGAAAAUCAUGAACAUGAUAGAAGAGAUAAAAACGCCCAUCUCCACACCAGUGUCUGGGACGCCACAGCCUUCACCCAUGAUCGAGAGAAGCAAGAUGAUUGGGAAAGAUUAUGACACCCUUUCUAAAUACCCACCAAAGAUGCCCCCAGCUCCUUCAGUCAAAGCCUAUACCAGCCCUUUGAUUGAUAUGUUCAAUAAUCCAGCAACAGCUGCACAGAGUUUAGAAAAGAUAAACAACUCAGCAGACACUUCAGAAGAUCCCAGCUUACAAAGAUCAGUUUCUGUUGCAACUGGACUGAACAUGAUGAAGAAGCAAAAAGUGAAGACCAUCUUCCCUCACACUGCUGGCAACAACAAGACCUUACUUAGCUUUGCCCAGGGGGACAUCAUCACACUGCUCAUCCCCGAGGAGAAGGACGGCUGGCUCUAUGGAGAGCAUGACACCACCAAAGCGAGGGGUUGGUUCCCAUCAUCAUAUACAAAGUUGCUGGAAGAAAAUAGGAAGGAAGCAGUGUCUGUGCCUCCACCAAGCCCUGUACCAGUGAGAAGCAUCAGUACUGUGGAUCUGACUGAGAAGAGCAGUGUUAUCAUCCCACCUCCUGACUAUCUGGAGUGCCUGACCAUGGGAGCCACUUCAGACAAGAGGGCAGAUGCUCCCAAGACUGCUUCUACUUCUACCUUCAAAGCCCCAGUGUCCAGACCAGAUGCCACACCCACGUCUCCUAGUAAUGCAAACGGGACUGCAAAGCCACCAUUCCUCAGUGGAGAAAACCCCUUUGCUACUGUGAAACUCCGGCCAACAGUGACAAAUGACCGAUCAGCACCAAUCAUUCGAUGAAGGUGGAAAGGAUCCUGCUAGUCCCUCUACCUGAGGUCUUACCUGCAAGACGAUGUUGCUGGACGGGUGCAGGCACUAUCGAAAUUUCAGAGGAUGCCUGAUUUCAAUGAACCCCACUUGAGCAAAUCAAUUUAUUUUCUCAGUUUAACAGAGCUGGGUUUACACAUUUUUAUCUUUAAGGUAAAUGAAUAGCUUAGUGAAUAGAUCAAUCAUUUGAAAUAUUUUUUCUAUUCAAAAAGCAGUAAAUUGGGUUCAAGUUCUUUUAAUUUUUUAAGGAAAUAGCCAGAAUAAGGGAUAAGUCUUAUCUAUGCUUUUGUGCCUGGCUUCCUGUAGCUGAAUGCAAAAAGACCAGAGUUUUUAUUUUAUAAAGCCUGUGCUCUUAAGAAGCAUUAUGAUGCUCAUCUAAAGAAAAUAUGUAAGUUUGCAUCAGAGCAUGCCUAUACAGUAAGCAAUAUAAAUUAUGAAAACUAUAUUAAAUAUAAUUUUUUCAGUGACCCAAUUUUAACCUUUUUAACUAAUGUGGCACUCUCAAAGAUGGAUAACUCCGACCUCAACAGACAUAGUUUGCCAGCCUCAUAGCACUUGUAAAAUAUCUCCAGGAGCUACUGAGUUCAGUGUUACAAAGUUACCAGCAGGGGUCCAUGUACAUCUCUAAAGCUUGGUGACAUCUGAGGUUCAAGUUUCUCCAUUUUUAAAUGAGGUACUGUCCUGUAAAUGGUGGGCAGAGCAUUACUCCAGCCUAACACUGUCCCACACUCAAGACUUCUGGCUGAAACAAGCAACAGCUCAGGCCACAGAGACUUGAGCCAGGAAUCAGAGUCUGUCCCUUCCUGCCCAAAAUUUAGACCUAUUCUGGGAUGACGAAUAAUUAAAAUCCUCAUCCAGGCAAGUCACUACUGAUAAAACUUGCUACUUAUCACAGCUCCUUGAAUCUCAGAGAAAUCAUUUUUCCUAAGCUGAAAAAUGGUCAGGGUUUGUGUACAUGAAACUUCAGUCUUUCCAGCUGGGCCAAGCAGUGCCAGGCUCACAUGGGAGGAAAAACCUGCUGGCCCCAUGAAGGGCAAUUGGUACAGGCCUGCCCAUGCCAACACCCUCCAUAGAUUACAAAGUCAGUGUCAUGCCCUGUUUUAUCACCCUAUGUUAGGCAGGUAUCCUGCCCUGAUGGGGAAAGAGCCACAUUUCAAACACAGUCCCUGUUAUCAACACAUAAGUGCAGGUCAAGGUGGGAAGCCCUGUGUUUUCACCGAGAACAAUGUGUGGAGGAGGAGAGUGGUGCUGAGAACUCACAUGCAGAGAUGUCUGUGGUGUGGUGUGCGCUCCCUCACAGGGUCACUUACCUUGACUCAUGCCCCAGCUCUGCCAACACCAAGGUUAUUACCAUUUGUUUCGUGUUGAUAAUAAAGGAGCAUCUGAAACACAG